CUCAUUUUUAGUGAAAAAAAAUUGGUAACUAUUGGCCCCUUCUUAAUCGUCGGCCACCAACUAUUCAUUGUUCUCAGAAUCUCAAAAUUGGUCAUCAAGGAAAGUAUAUGCCUUGUUGAAAAAUGGGAUUGGGUCCCAAUUCCCAAGUUGAGUUCUUCUUUUCAUCUAGGUAAAGGCCCUCCAAACAGUGAUCGUGGGCGUUUCCUUGUUUUCCUCAACUGGGCACAACAACCCAACAAUUGUGGAACCCUCUUUAGUAAUUUGAAGGGGCUACUUGUUCUUGUUGUUUUUGGUUUCAGUGUUGAAUAUUGCAUCUGGGUGUGAACAGUGAAGCUGCGAUGGGUGUGGGAAUAUCAGUUUUGAUAGGAUUGAAGGCGACAGCGAUGUUCUUUUUGUUUGCAUCCCUUAGAAUCUAUGGUUUCACAUUUUUAUCCAUGCCCUUUUUGUAUGCUUCUCUAGUUUCUUUAUUAGUAUCCAUAGCUGCUCACCCCUCGAUCAAUCUCCCCAUGCUUCUGGGGAAGAACCCAGAUGGGAGUUUUCCCAUCUGGGCAAUUAUUAUGUUCAGUCCAUUCUUGUAUUUUGUUCGAUUGUUUUCCAUUCUGCGAAGAUUCAGUAAUAGGGAAGAGCCUUAUACCGAAAUUUAUGAGGGUAUCUAUGUUGGAGGGUGGCCUUCUUCGCCUGAUAAUUUGCCACCCGGUGACCCUGCCAUUGUGGAUUGCACUUGUGAGUUUCCCAGGGCUUCGCAUUCUGUGGGGAAUGCUUAUCUUUGCGUUCCAACUUGGGACACGAGGUCUCCUCAACCUUCUGAAAUUGAAAUGGCUGUUCGAUGGGCUUGUCGAAAGAGAGAGCAGAAAAGGCCCAUCUUUGUUCAUUGUGCAUAUGGUCAUGGAAGAAGUGUUUGUGUGAUGUGCGCACUAUUAGUCGCUCUGGGCGUGGCAGAAGAUUGGAAAAACGCUGAGAAGUUAAUCAGAGAAAAACGACCUUAUAUUCAAAUGAAUGCCCUCCAUCGCAAAGCCUUGGAAGAAUGGUCGAAACACCGGCUGUCUUCUCCUAAAAGGAACGAGGAAAUGGAUGUAAGUUGUGUAAUUAGGUCUAAUGCUUCUGGAGGAUCAAUCAGAUAGGUCAGAAAAGAAAAGUGAGUGACACUCUUAGUUGUAUUUCCUCACAAUGACUUCGACUACCAUUAUUACUUGCUGCAUUGUAUUAUUCCAAACUGCUUGAUAUAUAAUAAAGAGAAUGAUGAUGUUCCCA